UUUACGGCUUGUGAAGGGGGCCGUCCUUCCCUACAUUCUCUUCAUAGCGCUUUUUAGGGCAUACCAGAUUCCAUAACUUCUAGACAAACAAAAAUGAAAUGUGGAAGAAAGAACGUGCAUUGUUGGGUGCAAGUGCAUACAGUAUUGGAAUGUGCUUUCGGAUUUAUUUGAAUUUGUCAUAACUUUAAAAGCAUCACCACAGCGUCGGGAUAAACAUAUGCAGUCUUUAAUGAAUGUAAAAUAUAUGGACGCAUACAGCCGGCGCCAGCUGAAGCGGAUCAGAAAACGAAACCUGGUGGUCAAGACUGUAUAAAGCACAGUUUCAGCUCCGCUUGGAUAGAUCUUUCCAUCCAUGUGUAGCAGACUGGUCGGGUGGCUGUCUGAACAGUUGGGAGAGUGGCUGGGCAUUGGAGAGCUUGUGGACCGCCUGUGCAUUUUGGAAAGCCUCGAGGAGCUUGUGGGGAGCAGUGUGCCAGGCCAGGGUCAGCGCCAUGAGCAGCCAGUGUUAAGCCGAGACACCAACUACAGCAGCCACACAGGGGGCGUGGACCGGGGACGAAGCUCCUCCUUCCAUGAGGUGGGCGGCCUGCGAGAGCCGGACAUGAGGGCGGCGGCCUCCGUUUCCGAAGAGACUUCGGCCAGCGGAGGCAGCGGUGGAGGCCACACCGUCCUGCAGCGCCUCCUGCAGGAGCAGAUGCGCUAUGGCGAAGGACGGAACUACCUUGCCAUGCAGCAGCAACAGCACCAGCAGCCGCCGCAGCCCCCGGCACCACCGCAGCAGCAGGGUCCUCUGAGUGGCUAUCCGGGAGGCCCGGGAGACGAGCACUCCAUGAUCCCCCACAUUGCAAGACAGGAGCCACAGGGCCAGGAGCUGCAGGCAGACAGCGGCAUGGAGAAGCAGCUCAACCCCCGUGCAGGGGGCGGUGGGAGCGGCGGGGCAGGCUCCGGUGGUGGCUGCAUCAGUGGCCCGAAUCCUGAGGACCUGCCUUCUUACGAGGAUGCCAAGGUGCAGUCGCAGUAUUUCCGUGGUCAGCAGCCACAGCAGCCGCCACUGCCCACGACGGUGGGCGCUGCCUUCUACGUGACAGGCGUCAGCAGCCCCAAGGUGCGUCCACCUGAGGGCCGGCCCACCGUGCAACGGGUGAGUGCAGGCAAGGUGCACCAGGACGACGGCCUAAAGGACCUGAAGCAGGGUCACGUACGCUCACUCAGCGAGCGGCUCAUGCAGCUCUCUCUAGCCACCAGUGGUGUCAAGGCCCAUGCGCCCGUCACCAGUGCCCCACUCUCACCCCAGCUACCCCCACCCGGUCCCCCGGGCGACUACUACAAGCCAACAGGUCCCCAGCACAGGGGCCCACCACCAGACUACCCCUUCAAAGGCAUGCCUUCCCCAGCCAAACAACAGCAGCACCACCACCAGCCGCAACUCCAGGAGCCGGGGCACUACUACUCCGAGCACCGCGCUGCAGGCCAGCAGGGCAGAGCCGAGGUGCCCCAUGUCCGCUACCAGCCUCCACCCGAAUAUGGAUCCUUCCGAAAGGAGAGCUCAGGCCAUUCUCAGAGGCCCAUCCAUCAUCACAGCCCCACCUCCUCUGUCACAUCAGUGGGCUCACUGUCCCGUGCUCAGUCCUCCACUCUCAGUGGCAUCAUGGCCGCGUCACAUCCUCAGCCAUCCAUGGCCCACCAGGGGGAGCCACCUUUCCCCAUGGGACCCCGGAGUCCACAGGGUCCAGGCUCCCACCAGGUCGAUCCUUAUGGACCCAGUCCAAAUCAUCCUCCACCCCACCAGCGAGGCCAUGGCUUUCCACAUGAUCCCUAUGGCUCGGCCCCCAGAGGUUUCCACAUGCAACAACACCAGUUUCACCCUCAGGGGCCCCAGCCACAGCCGCAAGGCCCAGGGCAGCACUACCCCCACCCCCACUCCCUCCAAGGCGACCCCUAUGAGAUGCUGGCCCGCGCCCGGCAGAUGGUGGACAUAUUGACAGAGGAGAACCGGCAGCUCAAGCAGGAGAUGGAGGCGUGUGGGGAGAAGGUGUCCAAGUUGCAGAAGAUGGAGACUGAGAUCCAGCUGGUGUCUGAAGCCUAUGAGAACCUGGCAAAGUCAUCCUCCAAGAGGGAAGCCCUGGAGAAAACUAUGAGGAACAAGCUGGAGCUGGAGGUGCGCAGGCUACAUGAUUUCAACAGGGAUCUGAGAGAGCGUAUGGAGACGGCCAACAAGCAGCUAGCAGCCAAAGAGUGUGAAGGCACAGAGGACAACCGCAAAACCAUCUCCCAACUCCUGGCUCAAAACAAAGAGACUCAGCGGGAAAAGGAGAAACUUGAGAUGGAGCUGAGCACGCUGCGCUCUACCAACGAGGACCAGCGCCGCCACAUUGAGAUCCGUGACCAGGCUCUGAACAACGCUCAGGCCAAAGUGGUCAAACUGGAGGAGGAGCUGAAGAAGAAGCAGGUCUACGUGGAGAAGGUGGAGCGGAUGCAGCAGGCCCUGGCUCAGCUGCAGGCUGCCUGUGAGAAGAGAGAGCAGCUGGAGCACCGGCUCCGCACUCGCCUAGAGCGAGAGCUGGAGUCGCUCAGGAUGCAGCAGAGGCAGGGCACCUCGCAGAACUCCAUGGGCCCAGAGUACAGUACCACGGCCCUGAUGGAGCACUUGCGAGAGAAGGAGGAACGGAUCCUGGCCCUGGAGGCCGACAUGACCAAAUGGGAACAGAAGUACCUGGAGGAGAGUGUCAUGAGACAGUUCGCCCUGGACGCAGCUGCCUCCGUGGCCACACAGAGGGACACAUCUUCAACCACAAUCAGCCAUUCCCCCAGCAGCAGCUAUGACACGUCAGUGGAGGCACGCAUCCAGAAGGAAGAGGAGGAGAUCCUCAUGGCCAACCGCCGCUGCCUGGACAUGGAGAGCCGCAUCAAGAACCUGCAUGCUCAGAUCAUCGAGAAGGAUGCCAUGAUCAAGGUGCUGCACCAGCGCUCACGCAAGGAGCCUGGCACCAAGGCAGAUGGCCCAUCUGCCAUGCGCCCCUCCAAGUCACUCAUGUCCAUUGCCACGGGUACGGGCAGCUCAGGCCUGCUGUCCCACUCGCUGGGCCUCAGUGGCAGCAGCCCCAUCACUGAGGAGCGCCGGGAGGACCGCAGCUGGAAGGGCAGUCUGGGUGUGCUCCUGGGGCCGGAGUUCCGAGGCGACUCACUGAGGGCCGAGUCCAUCUCUUCUUCUCCAUCCCCGGUCCUGCCCUCCACCCCCAUGCUAGCAGCCACCCACUCCAAGACGGGAAGCCGGGACAGCUGUACACAGACAGACAAGAACCAGGAGAUGAGCAAGCCCAGCACACCGGCCCUGCAGAGCGUUGCCGCAAGCAACCGUAUCAGCAGUCCCAGUCCUGUGUACAUCCCUGACCGCAUAGCAGAUGUGCCAGUGUUCCACAGCAGUACUCUAGAGAGGAGAGCCCCAGUGCAGUCUCUCCCCCCCCAGCCCCCACCCCCACCAACACCCCAGCAGGAUGUGGACAGCGAGAUGGUGGAAAUACUUAUCUGAACCUUAUAACACUCCUCACACACACACACACACACACACACACACACACACAGGUGAAGGAUUCUUUAUUUCUACCUGUUAUGCUCUGUCAACACUUUGUUGGGGGAUGCUAAUGGUGUGGUGAAAUGCACUACAUUUUAGUGGUAUUUUAUCUUGUACAGAACAAAAACCUUACUAUACCUUGUCAUAUACUAUUUACUAACCUUUUUGUACAGUAUUCUGUGGUGGCGUUUACAUCCUCCAGAGUUUAGGACCAAAUGUAUGGCAACCCUUUUUUUUGCAUUUAUUGCACUACUUUUUCUUCCUUUUAGCUUUCAAUAUUUGACUAGUUUGUUUUUGUGUAGAACACAUGUACCAAUGUUACAAACAUGGCACUUGAGUAUAUAAUAGAACAGUGACUAUUAGAACAAUCAUUACAUGUAAAUACUGUUUCCGAAUACUGUAAGACACAUGUAAGAUAGCAGAACUGAAUGUGAGGGGCCUGGCAAACUAAGCGGGGUACUCAGCAUAGUACCACGGCAUCAAAGAGGACUGGGACCAGCGGGGUCACCCUGCCACCCAGAACCUGGCACCGAUGUGCAGCUGGAACAAGUCCCUGACCCAACUGGUUUGGGUAUGUUUUUGGCCUGAGUGCAUGGCAGGAGAGGAUGGGGGUUCGGGAUUCGGAGCAGCACUAGGAAGUGCCACUCGUUCUCAGAAGUCUUGCUGCUCCCCCUUCCUGAGAAGCACAACGCUCAUGCACACGGACAGCUUGCUUCAAGCGUCAUUGGUUUUGUGAUGUCUCAAGCCAUUUCAGACCUUUUUAAAUGCAAUGGUUACUAUGAGUACAUUGUCAGUAUGAGUGGUGUAGUAAAAUGUAGACAUAGGUGUAUUUCAUUGUUUGGAGUUGAGUUUUCCAGGAACACAUGAUAUACAUUUCACCUUUGACCAAAGGUUACUGAAAAACAUGUCUGAAAGCAAGAUCUAAAAGUAGAUUAUGGUAUGCUGUUGUAUAAGUUCAAUUUUCCUAUAAAAUUGGGCACAAAAACGGAUCAACAUUUAUUGCAUGUCAGUUCAGUCGUCUGCCAAACGAAACCAAUACUGUGACACUAAAUCAAUAUUAAAUUACAAAUAUAUAAAUAAGAAUUUUAUUCAGUGGGCUGUUGGUGUGCUUUGAAGUUGCCUUAAAAAAUCUGACCAUCCUAAUAAUUAUUCAUAUUCUUUUAACAACACUUGACAAAUACAGGACCAAAGAAAUGUGUGACUGACCUGUUCAGUUCUCUAGGACAAAUAUGACAUGGCUAUUUUAUAUUCUACAAAUAUCUGUAAGCACUGAAAACAUACCAUGAGUGUUUCAUCUUUAUUUUCAAAGUCAAUUCUUUCUAUUCUAAUACUUUAGUAUUCAAGAAGAAAUACAUUUCACCAACAUUUUAAAAUACCUCUCCUAUAUAGUGACUCAAAAUACAAGUUUGGGGUAUAUUUUGAAUAAUCUUAUGUAGUGCCUUGAUUUUGUAUGAACAUAAGAUCCCCUUGCCAUGUUUCAAACAUCCCGUGUAAUGUUUAAAUUUAGAGUCUCAUUGUAACUGAAUACAUGAUGACCUAGUUGUACAACCAUUCACUGUAAUUAUCAAUCACUGUCAAAUGGGGAUCUGGGAGCAACUACGAGAGUCUGUAACAAAAUUGGGUGAUCUUAAAAAAGGUUUUACCAAUAACAUUGAAAGAACUCAACCAUCUGAGUCCCACAAAAGUGCACUUGCAGUCUGUAUAAUUCAUAUGGAGACAGGAACAGUUAUCAUCCUUGUUGGUUAAUAAGCAAGCAGUGUUGUUUCUUAUGUGGAGUAAUGACUUCAGUGAGGAAUUAAUCAGUAAAAGGGGUCUUUGGCAUGAAGUCUCAGAACCCAUGUUCUGUAUUACUCAAUACUGGUACUUGACAUUUCCUGCAUAAAAAUGCCUAUUGGUUUACUAUGUCAUGUCAUUUUGAUAAGUUUUCCAAGUUUUAGGGUUUUUUUCUAUUAUUAUUUAUUUAUUUCUCUCUGUUUUAUAAUCAUUCCAGCACAAAUAUACCAACCACUAUCAAAAUGUGCCUCUCAGCCAGCUUUUAGAAACUCUU